AUGGACGAAAAGCCCCCAAUGACAUUCAAUCUUCUGGGCUCGGCAGCUCCAGUUCUCGCACCGCGGGUAGGUCAAUUAUCCAUCCCUGGUCGCAAGGCUAUCACAACGCCGCACCAUGUCCCGCUCACGUCGCGGGGCACAGUGCCUCACAUCGCACACGAUGUGAUGCGCGACCACACGGCGAUUAGCAAUUUAUAUAUCGGACUCGAGGAUUUCAUCGAGAGAAGCGACUCUGCACCCGUAUACAAAACACCAGCUGCGGCGCACGAGUCUCCCCCUGAAAAAUUCACCUGCCUACCUAAUGACAUGCCCGUGUUCCUUGGCCCGCGGCGGUUUCCCGCGAUUGUAUGCCCGCCUCCUAACACGUCAACUUCUAUCGCGCUGUCUACGUCCAUUGGAUUCCGCCAACUUCCCGCGAAACAAUAUGUGGAAGCAGUGCAAAAGCUGAGGCCAGAUAUUGCAAUUGGAAUGGCAGACCUAAGGCGCGAGAAGAUGGUUGAUCGCACGCAUGCGUUUACUCGCGAUGCAUUGGAGCAGUUAUACGGAAACACUGUUGCCGAGAAAGGCAAGUCAAAGACUGCAUUCUUUGCACCGGUCUUACCGCUGGAUAAUGCGCAACAGUCGCUUUAUCUGGAGGAUUUGGAAUCUGAGUUCCGGUGGGAUAUAUCCGGUCUGGCGCUUUACCAGGCUGCCUCGUUGGAAUUCAUUCCUGCUUCUUUGGGGGAUUUGCCGCGCUUGCUGUUUAGUAAUCCUGCUACUCCUCAUGAUAUCUUGCGUGAGAUCUCGCUUGGUGCUGAUCUUUUGACGACGCCUGUUUUGGGUGCUUCGUCGGAUGCUGGUAUCGCACUAGACUUCAAGUUCCCGCCUCCAGUUGCGCUGGAUUGCGGUAAGCAGCCUAUGCCGCUGGGAGCUGAUAUGUGGUCUGCUGAGCAUGCGACUGAUGUAUCUCCUCUGGCUGAGGGAUGUGUCUGCUAUGCUUGUCAGAAACAUCACCGGGCUUACUUCCAUCAUUUGCUGGCUGCGAAGGAGAUGUCUGCGUGGGCACUUCUUCAAAUUCAUAAUUAUCACGUUUUGGAUCUCUUUUUUGCUGGAGUUCGAGAGAGUAUUCAGCAUGGUACCUUCGAGCAGGACGUUGAAGCGUUCGCUCGCUUUUAUGCCUCUGAGAUGCCGGAGAGCAGUGGUCAAGGUCCUAGGUUACGUGGCUACCAACUCCCAGCCCCGGGAGCUCACCAACCCCGCCGCACACCAAAGGUAUAUGGCCGUCUUGAAGAAGUCAUCGACUCAUCUUCAGUUGUGACGCCUGACACCGACGCAAGCGGUCUCGAGGAGCACGGAUUUGCGCAGAAGGCAUAA